GCUGAUAUAAAAGCAGAACUUGGCGGUAGUUGCAAGCUUAAUCCUCGACAUUCUCAAGGGGAAAAGUUCAGUUAUUUUUGCUAUGUUCACACGCUGGCUUGUGAUAGCAUAAUAUGCAAUACUUUCAAAAUUUGGACAGCUACUAAAAUUGUUCAAAUAUUCAAGUCGAAUCAUAAGACCGAAUUGGUUGUUAGUGAGUUGAAUCAAGUGCGUCAAGAUGGUAAAAGAAGGGUUCGAACUAAAGCAAAUAGACACGAAAAAAACGUUAAGUGAAAAGGAUUUAAACAAAAUAGCUGAAGCCCCUACGAUCGGAGUUCGUCAUGCUCAAGUCCUAGUUCUAUUCCUGCUGAUUUUCCUGGCAUAUGGAAUCAGAGUCACCCUUUCGGUAGCGAUCGUUGCUAUGACAGAUCCUACAGCUAGCAGUAAUCCAAAUGUACCGACUUACCCAGAAUGGCAUGACAAAAGUAUAGUGCUUUCAGCAUUCUUCUGGGGAUAUGUAAUACCCCAAAUAUUUGCUGGCUGGUUAGCUGGACGAUAUGGUUCUAAAUGGUUCCUGAUGGGAGCUAUGGGAAUUUGCGGUACGAUGUGCAUACUUCUGCCUGCCAUGGCUGCUGCUUUCGGGUCAAAGGGCGUUAUGAUAAACCGGGCUCUUCAGGGGCUUUGCCAAGGAUUCCUCUUCCCUAACGUUCAUCAUGCGCUAAGCCAGUGGGUACCACCUGAUGAACGGUCUAGACUUGGAACUAUUGUCUAUGCAGCUGGUCCUUUUGGAACCGUGAUAGCCAUGCUGUUAACUGGAAUUAUUUCUGCUAGUUAUGCUGGUUGGCCGUUAGUCUUCUAUGUUUAUGGAGGAACAUCAGUAGCCUGGACAAUAAUUUGCCUCGUAUUUACAUAUAAUAGUCCGGCUGUUCAUCCAAGAAUUAGUGAAGCAGAAAAAUUCUUCAUCGAGUAUAAUCUGGGGCACAGCGAAGGCAAGCCAAGCCAUAAAAUACCUUGGAAGUCGAUUUUCACAUCUCUUCCGCUUUGGGCCAUAUUGGUCAGCCACUGUGGUCAAAACUGGGGCUUUUGGACGCUAAUGACUGAAAUCCCUAAUUAUAUGGGACACGUAAUGAAUUUCAAUAUCAAAUCGAAUAGUAUUUUAUCCGCCCUCCCAUACUUUGUGCUUUGGAUUCUCAGUUUUAUCAUGAGUUUCACAUCCGAUUCUCUCAUCACUAGACGAAUUCUUAGCAUAGGAAAUACAAGAAAGGUUUUCAAUUCAAUCGGCUUAAUUAUUCCUGCUAUAGCUCUUGUCUUUCUUGGAUUCACCCCGUCCGAUGACCCGAAACGAGCGGUAGCUUUAUUAGUAGUGGCUGUUGGUUUCAAUUCAGGCAUAUUCUGUGGUUUCAAUGUAAAUCACGUAGAUAUUUCCCCAAAUCAUGCUGGCAUUUUAAUGGGGAUCACUAAUGGUAUUUCCAAUAUAUUUGGAAUCGUCGCACCGUUACUAGUUCAAUUUUUGGUAUCAAAUGAGGAUGAUCCAGAACAAUGGAAAAUCAUUUUUUUUAUGACUGCUGGAGUAUAUGUGGCAACCGAUAUAUUUUACGUAUUGUUUGGUACUGGAGAAGUGCAAGCAUGGAAUGAAGAUCCUGAAGAAAAAUCUACGAAAAAUCCGUAAAACUAAAACAGCCAAAGUUUUGAACUAAUCCGAAGGAAGAGACUGUGAUACUUCAAUUGCUUCCUAAUAUACCUAUGAGAAGUACGCUUAUAUUGAAACUAAGUGGUAGUUUCUACUUGUGUAUACGACAUUUUUAAUAUUAGGACAAACGUUUAGUAGUUUUGAGAUUUGUUGAUCAAAUGCAAUGAAAUUUAACUUAAUAACUUCUCAAAGCAUGCAAUUAAGUCAACAUGCUAACAUGUAUUUAUGGAUGUAUAGUGAAGAAAGGUAGUCAAUAAAUAAAUAUGAAAAUGUU